AUGAACAGCGAAAGCGGGAAUGAUGACAAAGGAAACUUCUUUAAAAACAUUCAAGCUCUAUGGGAUAGUUAAUUAAAGGAUUCUAAAGAGAAAUGGUAUUCUUUGGGUGAUUAAUAUUGGAAAAAGAUUGAACCAACAUUAAAAGGUGUAUUAGGAGGAUUGGAUUUUUUAAAUAAAAUUGACAUCGAAGAAUCUAACAAAUUAUUAACAAUGCUUUAUAAAACUCCUCUUUAAGAUUUGAGAGUUCUUGAUUGUGGGGCUGGUAUAGGAAGUAAAGAAAUUGAUAAUAUGUUUAUAAUAGGAGUUUCAAAAGAGUUAUUAAUAAAUUGGUUUAAAAAAGUAGAUAUAAUUGAAUAGAAUCCCAUUUAUGUUGAAAAGGCAAGGGAAGAAUUGGGAAAUAAAAUAAAUGAAUAUUAUUGUUCAGGUUUACAAAGUUUUGAGUUUUAGCAUAAAUAUGAUUGUAUUUGGAUAUAAUGGGUGGCAAGUCAUUUAACAGAUGAUGAUCUUAUUCAAUUUUUAAAAUAAUGUAAACUAAAUUUGAAUGAGAAAGGAUAUAUCAUUUUGAAAGAAAAUAUUACAAAGUAGGGAUUUAGUUAUGACACAGAAGAUCAUAGUGUCAUAAGAUCAGAUCUGAUGUUUAAAUCAAUAUUUUAUAAAGCUGGUUUGGAUUUGAAGUUCAGUGGUUUAUAACCAAAUUUCCCUAAGGAUUUAUAUUUAGUUAAUCAAUAUGUGUUAUAAUGAAU